AUGGCGGCCCUGUUACGACUUGGAGCUGGUAGAGCAUGCCGACUUUUAGCAGCAAACGCUAUACGUAACCCUUCGAUCUACCAACGAAACUUGGCAGUUUUACACAAAGAACACAUUCUGAAAGCAUGUAUUCCCAGAUUUAGCGCCUCGAGGUACCUGAGCAGUGAAAGCACGGCUAGCGAGGCUGUUGAAGAAACAGCUGAGAUCGAGAGAAAUUCAGUGACCAAGGACUUAAAAGAAUUUCAAAAUGCACGCGAAAAACGAUCUAAUGCACCUGUAACUAGAUACGACCGGGAUAAACGACAGCUAGGAACCAUCAUUGUCAAGAAAAUUCUGCUGAGAACAUUUGAGAGUAUUCUGCAAAAUGGUGAGAUCUUAAUGUCGCAUCGUGGCUUGUGAGAAUGAUUUCCUUUGCAUAUUACACUUACCUAUUCUGAGCGCAAGAUAGCAUAAUUUUUUUUACAGCAGUAUUUUUUCUGUGUAUCAUAACCCAUCAUUUUCCUCGUUUUCACACGGCUCAAGGAUAAAUGUACGAAAUACGUGCUCGUGAGCGCUAUGUGUGAUCCAGUUAUCGGCGUGUGUUAUGUAAUUCCUAAUUCACGCGAGUUGUUCUUUGUAACCUUAGAGGGCCAACUGACACCGUUACAAGCUUACCAGGUGAUACGAAAUUGUGGAUCGCAGUUAUUGUAUGAACGACCCGAAAAGAGAGUUGAAUUGGCGCACUACAUGUGGGACAAGAUUAUUGAGACAGGUAAAUAAUGUAACUGUCUGCUGUUUCUUACUCUUCUUCCUGUAACUUAGGGUAUGGUCAGAUAAAUUAUGCUGAAAAGUUUGGGCAUUAUGCUUUUGAGUGUCAACUCUUAAGUUAUGCUGAAAAUUAUGCUCUACAUUUUUCAUAAUGUGCCAUUUAAUAAUUCAAUAAAUAGCUUUCAACCCUUCAACUCCCAGAAGUGGUUAACAUAAAACUUCUCCCUUCAAUAUCCAUACAUUCUUCAGCAAACAGGUAAUGAGAAUAUUCAAACUUAUCAGGUAGAAGCUGCUAUCUUGAUCUAGCACCAAGUUCUUAUAACUAAUAGACAAGGAAAUGAGUAGCAGCUACAGGGGAGAAUUAACAAUCAGAUCUUGGGAGUUAAAGGGUUAACCCCCCUGAUGUUAGGAAACAAAGGGCUAAGAGCCCCUCAACCUCUCCUGCCCCCAUUUUUACCACCUACAUGUAAAACUUUCCAUGAAUAAAAAGCUUGCUGAAGUUAGGAACACAAAAUUUUAUGGGAUCAAAUUUCUAAAGUGUACAUGAGAAAAUCAGGCUCACUUUUUAACAUUACACAGGGUAAAGAACUGUAUUAAACACAAAAGUUUGGUCAUUUAGCUAGUAUUAUGCUCAAUUCCCUGAUUAUAGAAUUAUACCAAAAAUUAGGAUGGUGUAGUUUAUAAAACCCUGCCUUCAGCUGAUGGAGAUCACCAGUCUUAUAUAGACAUGUAGAGCUGAUUUCAAAAUGUAACAUUAGCAAGGAAUAGUGGAUUAUUCUCUAAAUGAUUGCUGUGUAGCUAUAAUGUAGAUUCUUUGUGGACAAACUUGACCUUUCUCAAUAAGGGUUGGUAAAUGGUACCUUGAAAAUUUGGGUAAUCUUGCAAACAUUUUUUUCAGAAAUCACAAUUAUGGUAUCAACCCUUUUACUCUCAAGUCCUAAUUAUUAAUCCUACCCUCUAAAUGCUACAUAUUUUCUUGUAAGUACAUAUAAGUAAGUUGCAAGAAUUUUGUGUUAGAUCCAAAUACCGGUGACAAUUUCUACCUGAUAAGUUUGAAUAUUCUCAUUACCUGUAUGCUGGAUGACAUACACAUAUUAUAGGGAGAAGUUAUAUGUAUGUGUUAAUUACUUCUGAGAGUUUAAGGGUUAAUAUAAAUUUAACUACCUUUGCAUCCUUGUUUACUCUACAGGCACUCAACCAGAUGAAACUUUAUACAAUGCACUGUUAUCUGUGUAUGUUCAAAACAGUUACAUCUUCAAUCCCCUUGAAGUUCUUGAAGAGAUGGAGUUGAGGAAUGUUGAUCCCAACAGGGUAAGAAACUUUGAAAUUAGAAUUUUUUCUACACUAAAUUAUUGAUGAGUAUCAAAUUCUGAAUGGAUAUGAAAAUUUUGGGUAUGGUUUUUUUUUUCUUUCAGGCAACCCUGCUAUUGCUUAUGCAGGGAUUUGCAGAAAAAGGAGAUGUAGAAGGCACCUUGUGAGUACACAGCUCUGUCAGGAAUAUGCUUGAGCUUAGCACAAGUGCUAUUGGUGACAUUUUAUUAGUUCAUUCAUUUGAAAGUGCCUUAGAUUUCUUAGACAAAGAACCAUAUACACCCACAAAAAAGCUGUGAUGAUUAUGUGAAUCUUUAAAAAUGUAAUUUACUGUUAUGUUUCAUUGUGAUGUGAAGCAAUUUUUUUUACCUUUUUUUUUGCAGUAAAAUGUUAGAGUAUAUCAAAGAUUCCAAAAUGCUUCUUACAGAGGAAGUGUAUUCAGCUCUUGUCACUGCAUAUGGUCGCACUGGGUACGUGAUAGCCAUAUUCAUUAUAAUUAUGUGGGAGACGCAUUGGCCCAAUGAUUGGUGAGCUGGGGGGGAGACAUGAUGGUCUUGGGAGUUAAAAGGUUAAAGAUAUGCACAUUUUUGUCUGAGGUAGAAAUCUGGUCUGACAGUUCUUGAUCAACAGUUGUAUUUCUUCCUCUACAGAGACAUUGAGAGUGCCAAGGGUGUGUUUGACCUCAUGAGGUAAGUGUAAAUAUUUCCUUCAUCCAAUGUUCUUGAGCUUGGUUGUCACUAGAAAAUGAAAGAAAAGUACAAAGUAUGUUCUGAUUUGAGUAGGAAGCUGAAAUGAAUUUGCUCUUAGGAAGGGCUAAUGCUUGAAAUAUCAGCUUCGAAGCUCUUUAUGGGGGGCAAUUUACAUUAUCAGAUUCAGUUGAUAAAACCAAAGUAUUAUAUGAACUGAGUUAUGUUUGCUCAAGAAAUUUGCCCCAGAACAGUUUGUUGUUUUGCGACUCUCUCCCCUCCCUUAACUGGAACUCUCUUAGACACGAUGCAUGUUUUCUUAGCCAGACAUUAAUGUCAGAAUCAGUUUAAAAAAUACUUAUUUUUUGUCUUUGAUCACAAUUCACUAAGCAGCUGAUGUAAAAUGGUCUGAGAACCAUAAGCUUUUUACCAAACACUUACUGGUACAGUUCUCUACACAGAUUCAAAGUGCAGUGUUUUGGAGCCUAAAAAUUUUGUCAAAAUGGUAACCCUUUACACCCUAACAUCAGUUUGCAUAUUCUCCAUACUGUUCCCCAUACAUUUCCUAAGGUGCUGACAAGGAGAAUUUGUUUAACAAUCAAGAGCUUCUUUAGUGGAUGAUCAUUUCCUCUAUUCUUGUUCUUAAUGUGUGAUUCAACCUUGGGUGAUAUUGUAAGGAGAAGUUAGAUGCUAGUCACCCUUAGGGGUGAGAGGUUUAAUAACCAAGGCUUCAAUUUUAAUUUUAAUUAAACAAUUUAUACAAAUUCAAAUUUUUUUUCUUCACAGGGAGAAUAAACUGGAGCCAGACAUCAACAGUUAUACUGCAUUGUUAGUUGUUCAUGCAGAAGCUGGAAAUGUUGAGGGUAUAAUGGAAGUAAGAGACUGUGUGUGAUUAUGAAUUUCUUCCUUUAUUAUUUUACCCAAGGAUUUUUCAGAUAGAUCUUUAACCUUUUAACUCCCAGAUUAAAAUUCUCCUUAGUGUCAACCAUACAAUUCCUAUGAAGUUAGUUCAGCGAAUUUAGCAUUGGAUCAACUAAUUAUUCUCAAAAGGAUAUUUUUCUUUAUUCUCAUCACUUUUCUGGUUGAUAUUGUAUUGAUAUUGUGAGGAGAAAUUCUGUCUUGGUCAUUCAUGGGAGUUAAAGGUUUAACCCUUUCUCCAUAUGUUAUCCUGCAAAUAGAUAAUGAGAAUAUAGGUUGUUAUCUUAAUUUCACACCCACUUCUUAUAACCAAGUUACAAAAACAUGUAUAGCAGCUAGAAUGGAGGAAUUUACAAUCAGAUCUUGGGAGUUAAUCCUUUAACCCUCAAGAGUGACUAGCAUCUACUUUCUCCUUACAGCAUCACCCUGAAUGAAGCAUCAAGAGCAAGAGAAACUCUUGAUUGUUAAACAAAUUGUCCUAGUCAGCAUCUUAACCCUUUAAGUUUCAUUGGAGCCUCAGACAGAAUUUCUCCUUACAAUAUCAAUGCAAUAUCAAGCAGACAAGUAUUGAAAAUAAAGAAAAGUAUCAAUUGGGGGAUUAUUGGUUGAUCCAAUUCCAAAUUCUCCAAACUAACAUCACAUAAAUUGUAUGUCGGACAGUAAGGAGAAUUACUCAUGAAAUCUUGGGAGUUAAGGAAAUGUAUAGAUCACAGUAGAGAGAAUAUGCAUACUGAUGUUAGGGUGAAAAGUGUUAAAGGAUUAAUGUAUCUCUCUCCUUUCAUAGACACUUCAAGAGAUGCAAGAAAAUAAAGUUUAUCCCAACAAGAGGGUAUUUUUAGUGCUGCUGGAUACACUUUCAAAGCGAGGACACUCUGCAAUUAUGAAAGAGGUACACAUGUAGCUCUGGCUCAGGUUGUUUGAACUGGGGUUGACAUUAAUCUAGGAUUUUAAGUGUACCUUGCUAAUUUGUCAAAUCACAUACGCCACAUGUGAAUACAAAAAUAAUGUUAAGGGUGGAGAGGGAGAGAAAAAUCUAAUUUGAAAUUCGAAAAUAAAAUAGAUUUUAUACAUGUAAAAGAGCAACUUUGAUUCCCAUUAGUGAUUAACAUGAAACUUCUCACAGUAAUAUCUAUACAUUAUUCAGGAAAUAGGUAAUGGGAAUAUUCAAACUUAUCAGCUGGAAGCUGAUAUCUUGAUCUAGCACCAAGUUCUCAUAACUAAUUUACAAGGAGCUAGAAGGGAGGAUUAACAAUCACAUCUAGGGAGUUAAAGUGUUAAGAGCUAAAGGUUUUGUUGGGGUUUAUCUCAUUAUGACUUGAGAUUAAUGGGAAAAAAUAUGCAAAAGAAAAAUUAUUGCAAAGCUUUAAAACUAAAUUAAAAAAUUACACAAACCCCUUGUGAGUUUAAUCCUUUUUUGAACAACCCAGCCUGUUGUUUUGUAUUUUACAGUGAGUAUAUAAUAUCAGCUUAAGCAUUUCUUCGAUUGCACAGUCAUGUAUGUCUGAAGCAUUUUGUAAGUGAUGCAUAAAAUUCUGCAUGUUUUUUCCAAGUAUAUCUCAGUUUGUGUGAUGCAUAUUUUAAAUCAGUCCAACUUUUAGUUAAAUUUAUUGUGUAUUCAACUAUCAUAGUGAUUUGUUUUUUUUUUGCAUGAAAGCUCUUAGAGGCACCCCUUGUCAUGGGUUUUGUUGAAAAAAGUAAGUAUAACUAGCUAAAGAUACAUACACAUGCAUUUCAUUGUUAUUUUUUGAGAGACACUUUACAUUUCCUUACACGCACAAGUCAUGAAAAGCAACUGCACCUGAAAAUAUGGGGGCAGCACUUUAUCAAGUACAGUGUAAACACAGUUUUGUUUAUGUACUGCUCCAGGGUGGAGAGAGAUGAAUUUGACUUAGGCAGAGUUGAAACCUGGACUCUUUAACUUUGAUAUUUUUUCUGUGUCUUAAAUCUUUUUCUCUGAUGAAGGGCUAACACUUAGGAACUCUCUUUGGUGGCCACUUUAUGUUAUCUUCUCAGUUGAUAAAACCAAAUUAUCUUGUUGUACCCGAGCAAUGCAGCACAAUAGUACCUUGAGAAACUCACCCCCUCUAUUGAUUUGUCUUUAGCUUGUGGUCCAACACACUAAUGGUUGACCCUGCAUCUCUAAUAGCAGGGGUUACACAAUUGUAGCAAUCAGAAUCAAACCAUACCCAUAAUGGUAAUAGGACUGAGUGGAGUCCAGUUUGGUCAGUAAUCAUACAAGUGAUUUGUUAAUCAUGAGUAUGAUUACAGACAGAAUUGGAUGACAUGAAGUCCUGUUACCAAUUGAUCAAAACUAUAACAAAAUUUGAAUACUGGUUAUUUAUUUUCAUUUUAAAAAAAAACCAACAGUUAACUCAAUGAAAUGCAAAACAACUGUGCAGGCACAUGACACAUUCUGUCCACUAGCACAGGCAUGAUGUGUUAACUAUCCUUUAACUGUCCUAUUACACUAUCCAAUUACAAGCAUGUUGUGUACAAUGUCCUAUUAGUUGGGCUGGUGAUGAUGUCCGACAAUUUUGUUGUAGUUUUGUUAACCAUUAUAAUCACCUAUGUACUCAACAGACCUGAGGGAGUUUAUGAUAACAGUUACAACGCGAGGGGAGAUAAACACUGCCUUCCUUCUGCUGGGAUACAUGCCACAACCGACCAAUGCUUUUGGUCAAACUCUGGUUGACAGCAAUGAACGUGUUUUGCUUCGAAACACAAUCCUAUCUGGUCAGGUAAGUUCACAGUCACCCCUCUAAAUUCCAUAAGUGACCAAGACAGAAUUUCUCCUUUAAGUAUUAAUACUUUGUCAAGUAGACAGUUGAUGAGAAUAAAGAAGGAUAUCAAUCAGGGAAUUAGUAGUUGAUCCAACACAAAGUUCUCAGAACUAUCAUCAUAAGAACUGUAUGACAGACAACAGGGAGAAUUAUUCUUGAGAUCUUGGGAGUGAAAGGGUGAAGGCAAUUCCAUAGUAUUGCAUUGCACAUCCUUACUGUGCAUAAUUUCACAGUCACAUAGCUACUUGUAGCACAGGCAUGUCAAAAGUGCUAGCUUUUUAUCGAUUGCUGGAGGUCCCCAGAGAGAUAAAUAGUCAAUACCUCUUUCUCAGAACUGAGCAAUGACGUUCUGUCCAUCAAAUAAAUAAACCCAAUUCUUAUUGGAGGAAAAGGAACAAUUUUCAGAAUAUGAAUUUUGCAAGUCCAAAAAAAUAGAGGUGUUGUGAUUUUGUAGGAAUUAUCUACAAUCAAUUAUGUACAAGGCACUACUUCCCCUGAACAAGCUCAGGGACUUAAUUUUUUUCAAGAUUUAUUUUCAUACAAGAUAAACAAGAGAUAGGUAAAGUUUGACAAAAAACUCUGUGCAGGUUCUAUUUAAGAGGAAUGGCUGUGAACACUCAACCAAAACACAUUAUAAUUAAAUAAAAUUAAUGUGUUGUUUAAUUUCAACUUUUGUUAAUUUAAAUAUAUUUCUGUUUUGAUUUUUGUAGGGAAUGGAUGUUAUCAUGAUCACCAUUCGUGAAAUGGAUAGGCUGGGCAUCUUUGAAACAAAGAAACUGUAUGAACAAGCAUUGGACUUUAGCUACCAUGCUAGAAACCCAGGUGAAGUGGAUACUUAGUGGAUUAUAUUUUCUGUCUUUAAAAUGUAGCUUGAGCCAUCAAAAUGUAGCUUGAAAAUCUUUGUGAAAACUGGAGAAUUUUCUGAACUCCAAUGCCUAAUUUUAGAAAAUACCAGGUUUCCUUUCUCGUGAUGUUCAGCUUUGUAAAAUUGAACGAAAAUUCAAAAUGGUGAGAGUUUAACUCAUUCCAAAAUUUUAUUUUUUAUUAAUUUUGAUUUAAGCAUUUUUAUGUUUGAUUUUCCUGUCACACAGUAAACAUGCACCAAUAGUCCAAUAGUAUAUUUAUUUCCAGUACCAUGUUAUACAAUGUUUAAAAUUUCCCUUGGAAUUUUGUUCAACAGAACAUUAAUUAUUUUACAUGUAACUCAAAAAUAGUCACUAUGUUCUAUUUUUUCAGAACUAAGUGUUGUCCUCUUGCAAGAAAUGCUAGAAAAGGCAAGUUUUUUAAUUUCUUUUCCAGUUCGUUUACCCAUUUAAUAUUCUGCUCAUUUUUAGUUUUAGUGGAAUAAUUGUCCUUAUUGUUAUCGUAAUUAUUACUAUUUAGCAAUAAUGAUAAUUAUUAUUAUUAUUAUUUAUUUAUGAUCAUUAUCAAAGUGCUUUGCUUUACAUCAUCAUCAUUAUCAUUAUUUCUAUUGCUGUUAUUAUUAUCAUUAUUGUUAUUAAUAAUUAUCCCUUUAACUUCCAGACCAAAUUUGUACUUCUCCUUACUGUGAACCAUAUAAUUCUUAUGAUGCUAGUUAUGAGAAUUUAGUACUGGAUCGACUUAUCCCCAAAUUGAUAGUUUUCUUUGUUCUUAUCACUUAUCUGGUUGAUAUUGUAUUGAUACUGUAAGGAGAGAUUCUGUCUUGGUCACUCAUGGAAGCAAAAGGGUUGUUAUCAUUGUUGGAGAGGUAUUGCAGUAGAUAAGUUACCAAGUCUGAACACAUUUUAUUUAUUUUUUUAUUUACUUAGGGAAUACCAGUACGAAACCAUUACUUUUUCCCACCCUUGGCUAUUUAUGCUAACAGGAAAGACUCUAAAGGUACAGAAUACAUAGAUGGGUAAUAAAGGAAUAAAAGGUCACUUUUGGGCUUGGAUGAGUCGCAUGUAGGGAAACAUCUAUGUGUAAUCAGUAUUUCCCAGUUUGUUUGUUUUCUUAGUUUCUGUAAGGUGAAAGACAAUUGUCUCUUAGACAUGAUGUUUCCCUGAUAUCAAGUAAAUGCAAACAAUAAUAAUAUUGACUAAUAACAAUACAUUAACUCAUUAUUUUAUUGAAAAAAUGAAAUAAUAGUGGUAAAGUCAAAUCCCUUAUUUGCUGGGUUAACAUGUACAUGUAUUUCAAGUGGACAUUUUGCUCAUUGCUAACACUAAGCAACUUGCAAAAUAUUUGCAUGUAUUUUUUUAUUCCAAGGCAACACAUAUUGGUAAGUUUCCUUAUAUGGGGUUUAUUUGAGGCCAGAGUCCUAUCAAGUACAGUACUUUGCAAAACUAAUGCAAACACCUGUCAACAAAAUUUGACAAAAUUCCUGGCUUUUGAUUUCGAACACUAUUGAUUGAUAGGGUCCUUUCAUCCACUGAUUUUCACUUCAUGAUGAGUAUUUGAUGCAAAAUCAUCCUAUGUUUUUACUAAAUACUGUUUAAAAAGGCCUCUAACUUUCAAUCAAAUUUUCUCUCAAACUUUGGAUGAAAGAUCCUUAGGACUAAAAAUGCAGUAUAUUUUUUGCAUUACUUUUGCAAAUACUGUAAAUACAGUUAACCAAAAGCAAAAGGGAUGUUUGAGAAUUAUAAGGGUUGCUAUUGACAGAUAUGAAACAUUUACAAAUGAAUGUAACUUGUACAUAUUUCAUUUUUUUUUGUCAUCAUUGUUUAUUCAGGGGCACAGGAUGUCUGUGCACUGAUGAUGAAGCAUGGUUUAACACCAGAUGGCAAAAUGUGAGUAUACUUCAACCCUUCCCCUCCUAAGAGUAAGGAAAAAGUAAUUUCUCUUUUAAUUAUCAUACACGUACUGGUAUGUGACCCAUGUCGACAUCAAAUUUUCACAGCUUAAAUUCACUUAUGCCUUAGAUUUAUCUCGGCCAACAAAAUGAGGAAUUUUACUAUUUUGCACAAUAGCAAUGAUGAAAAUUGCAAAAUGAAUUCAGGGAAGCCAAGUAUGACCAUGUCUAAAUCAAAUUUUCACAGCUUAAAUUCACUUAAGCCUUAGAUUUAUCUCAGCCAUCAAAAUGAGGAACUCUACUAUUUUGCACUUUAUUAAUGAUGAAAAUUGCAAAAUGAAUUCAGGGAAGCCAAAUAUCAAAUUCUCACUGCUAAAAUUUGCUUUAAAAUGCCCCAGAUUAAUCUCAGCUAUCAAAAUUAGGAAUUCUACUAUUUUGCACUUGAGCAUUGAUGAAAUUUGCAAAAUUAAUUUAGGAAAGCCAAGCAAGACCCAUUUGAAAACUACAAAACUAUUUAUAAUCUUUAAAUCCCUUAGAGGGACUGGCAUUUAAUUUCCCCUCACAAUGUCCCCCCCUGAAUCAUACAGUGAGGUCAAGAGAAUAAAGGAAGUGAUCAACAACUGAAGAUGCUCUUGAUUGUAAAACAAAUUCUCCUUGUCAGCACCUCAAGAAAUGUAUAGAGAACAGUGGAGAAUUUGCAUGCUGAUGUUAGGGUGUAAAGGGUUAGGUUCCUAACAGUAACUUCUGUAUCUACAUUUAGCAAAACUACAUAAUUUACUACCAUAUGUGUUUCCUAAAAAACAGAGACAUGUACAAUGUCAUCUAUUUUCCAUUUUAUUUACAGUUUCUAUGCAAACAUUGUGGUUAAGUUGGCUUGCUAGGUCAUUUAGUGAAACUGGAAAUCAUUCAUUACUUUUUAAAGCCUUUGACUCCUUAGAUCUAAUUGUUAUUUCUCCCCCUUUGACUGCUGCACCCUUCCUUGUAAAUUGGUAACAAAAAUUUGGUGAAAGAUUAAGAAAGCAACUUCUACUUGACAAGUUUGAGUAUUCACAUUAUCUACAUGUACAUGAAGCUUUGCUAGAUAAUGUAUGGAUAUUAUCAGGAGAAGUUACAUUUUAAUCAAUUCUAGGAGUUAAAGGGUUAAAUGGUUGUUUUAGUUCUCUAGGCAAACUUUCCAUUGUGUAAGGCCAUUAACUCAUGUUCCUCUUUUUUUUCUUGUAGUUUGAAGUACUAUGUAGAGUCAUUAAAUGAAUCAAGUGAGAAAGAUAUCCAAGCAGUAAUUACCUUAUCUGAGGUAAGUAAUGUAAAUAGAUAAAGAUUAAUAUAAUUAUUUGAAAUUAAUUUUGAAGGAAUGCCUCAGUGCUUGUGUUAAGAAAUAAGAGUGCAGAAAUACAACAUGUACAAUCGUAGUAUCAUGGACAAUAGACCAGUUUGAACCUUUGAAACACGGCAGCUUAGCCACUAAUCUGUGGAGUUGCAAAGUUGUGGUCCUCUCAUUGCCUUCUCUUAUUCAUCUGCUUGAAUUUUAAGGAGGUGUACAAGAAUGCAUGCAUCAGCACAACAUUGAAUUGUUUGAACCUGUGCAAACAUUGAAUUGGCUAGUUCGGGCUUGCCUUCAGGCUGUCAGAGCAAAGUUUUCUCACAAAGUUUAGUAAACUGCCUUCCGCAGUUACAGAUUUCAAUGAAUGUUUCAAUAUUCCUUCCCCUAUUUUACUAGACAGGUUUUGUUUCUUAUGUUUUCUUUAGAAAUUUUGCAUGGUGAAUUGGCACAUAGGCAUCCAAAACUGAUCCCCUCACUCAUGCCCUACAUCUGACCACUGUGUUACACGAAUCAAAUGAAACUUUACUGUACAUUAACCAGAUUUUGGAGGAGUUUUGAAGAAAAUUCUAAGUACUCUUUGAAACCAGGUGGAACCAUGAAACUGCUGAAGACAAAAUCCUGAUAAGAAUGCUAUCUUUACUUAAAAUUUGUCAAGUUGUUUUUCAUUUAAUGUCAGUUGUAUUAUUCCUAGGGUUUGCCUACCACCAGAUAUACAAUUACAACCAUUGCUCAACUGUUUAUGAUGAUUGGUCAUUUGGAUAAAGUGGAAAAGACCAGUGAGUAUACUGUUACUAAAGAAGGAGAGUUUCAGGGAAUGCACAUGAAUGGCACUUUAUGAUGCUAACAGAAUUUCAGUGAAGAAAUGGUUUUCUUGGAGGCUUAGCUCUUGAAAUGAGGGGUAAAAAAGGGAUAUAAAACCUGCUAAUAUGUGAUUUAAGAUCAGAUAUGUGUUUUAUAAGAGAAAGCAUACUGUGGUUUGAAAUGACUCCUACUUGUAAAGUCUGUUUGCGAGCUUGUUAGUCCACCAAGCCGGAGGUUAUCCAGGUUUACAGUGUAGGACCAGGAGCAUCACUACUCCCUCCUGGAUGGGAUGCUAGUCCAUCACAAGGUUACACCCCCCCAACCCUGCCUGUACCCAUUUACACUUCAGGGUGAAGAGAGGCACUGUGGGAGUAAAAGUGUUCUGCUCAAGAAUAAAACACAUUGACCCAGCUAGGUCUUGAACCCAGACCUCUUGGCCCAGAGUCCAGUGGACUGACCAUCAAGCCACAGUGUCUCUCCAACUCCUACUUAACCCUUUAGCUCCUAAGAGUGACUAGCAUCUAAUCUCUCCUUACUUUGUCAGCCCUGAAUCAAACAUGAAAGUUAUGAGAAUAGAGGAGAUGAUCACCAACUAAAGCAGCUCUUGAUUGUUACACAAAUUCUCCUUGAUAGCCUCUUCAGAAAUGUAUAGAGAACAGUAUGGAGAAUAUGCAUACUGAUGUUAGGGUGUAAAGGGUUAUUAUUAAAUGAAUGAUGAUUAUUAUUCUAAUUAUUAUCAUAUUAUGUUGCCCUUUAACUUAUAUGAAGUCAUAUUAUUUUUUUCUAGUUGAAUUAGCUGAGAAAGAGGGUGUCAAUCUCGGAGCUAUAGCGAUGGCUUUUGAAGGAUAUAUCCUUUCAAAGUAAGUCUCAGAUAAUGAUUUUGGAAUGACAUUUAUGCAGAAGCUUUUAUUUGUGUAAAUUUUGCAAUACAAUUUUUAAUACACGGAGAAUUAUGGUGGGUUUGAUUACUGAAGUGAAACACAAUAAUAUUGAACGAGGAGAAAAAAUAUGUUGCAUAUUACAUUAUGGCUGCAGAAGGAAUCUUAUUGAUUGUAAUCUGCAAUUUUUUCGGUUUUGAGAUCCAUUCGAGAAGUGGCCCUCAAGUUAUGUAACAAGGAAUUUUUUUGUGCAUAAAUUGGCAAGGUCGUUCAUCAGCAAUGAACUUCUAAUUAUGCGCCUGGCUGGCUUGUGGCAGCGUUAACUGUUAAUUCCCAGGAUCUGAUUGUUAAUUCUCCCCUCUAGCUACUACACAUUUCCUUGUUAAUUGGUUGCAAGAAUUUGGUGUUAGAUCAUGAUAACAACUUCUACCUGAUACAUUUGGAAACUCUCAUUACCUGUUAGCUGGAUAGUGGAUGGAUGUUGUUGGGAGAAGUUACAUGUAAAUCACUUUUCACUCCAAAAUCUCAUAAGUAAUUCUUGUUAUUGUGUGGCAUACAAUUCUUACAAUGCUACUCUGGUGAAUUUGGUAUUGGAUCAACAAACAAUCCACUAACUGAUACUUUUCUUUAUUCUCAUCACAUGUGUUUUGGAUUUUGUAUUGAUUGUAAGGAGAAAUUCUGUCUUGGUCAUUCAUGGAAAUUAAAGCAUUAAAAACUCUUGCAGUCAGCACAGAAAAGAGCCCAAUCUCACUGUUGUUGUAUCUCUUCUACACAAAUCUCUUUAUUAACCCAAACUAACACCAACUAAUAGAAUUGGAAUUUAACCCUUUAACUCACAGAUCAAAUUUGUAAUUCUCCUUUCUGUCAACCAUACAAUUCUUAUAAUGUUACUUCAGAGAAUUCAGUAUUGGAUCAACUAAUUAUCCCUAAAUUGAUAUCUUUCUUUCUUAUUGCUUAUCUGGUUGACGUUGUAUUGAUAUUGUAAGGAGAAACUCUGUCUUGGUCACUCAUGGGUGUUUAAGGGUUAACUUGACUCAAGCUAGAAUUUGGCCAAUUGAACAAUUGGGAACAAGAAUCGAAAAAAAUAGUACAAGUUUAAGAGUAUGAGGUAGUAUGAGGCCUUCAAUAGCUUUUGUAUGUGCAAUAUUUAGACAGGCUGGCAAUUUUGGCAUAACCCUUUAACUCCCAUGAGUGACCAAGUCAGAAUUUCUCCUUACAAUAUCAAUAUAAUAUUAAGCAGACAAGUGAUGAAAACAGAGAAAAAAUAUCAAUUAAGGGAUUGUUAGCUGAUCCAAUACCAAAUGCUCCAAACUAACAUUACAAAAUUUAUAUGGCAGACAGUAAGGAUAAUUGCAAAUGAGAUAUUGGGGGUUAAAGGGUUAAAACUGGUUUACAAAGCCAGACCAUGAACCCACAGCUACGUUCCCUGCUCUUUGGGAGAGGUGGGUGGGUUCUUUAACAUCGCCUGCUAACCAGUACAUAGAAGAUCUAGUAGACGGAGCUUAUGGUUUAUUGUCCUUAAACAAGAAGACUAGAAUGUCUAACCAUUUGCAGAUGUCAGCACAAGGCAGCACAUUCUCUUCAGUUCUUUGAAGACCCUGAGUGUUUGUCCGGUUUUACACAAUGCUAGUCGUGUACUUUGAUGCCGCCUACAUACAAAUGUUCACUCUAUUCCCACUAAACUUAAAUGUUACAUUAUCUUUAAUUUGUUUUUUAUCCAUUAUAUUUUUGUAUAUUUUUACUUUUGCCUUGUCUAGAGCAUUUGAUCCUAAAGAAGCAGUGAAGGUAAAAAAUAAGUGAUAUUGCUAUACUGUAUAGUUACUUUGGAAAAUUGUAUUCUUAAUGAAAUCUGGAAUGGCAGUGGAUUCCUUAAUUCCUCUUGCAGUAAUUGAAGCAAAUAAUUUAAAUUAAAACUGUCUAAUCAGAGCUGGCAAAUGCUCUUCUGAUUGGCCCUUGUGAUUUCUUUGGUUCAGGUUUUUACCAUUCAGACAAAAGGCUCUUUAUGUACAUUUUUUCACUCAGCAAAUCAGUGUUGAGCAAAAACAAUUGAACUUUAACCAUGUCAGGUCCCAAGAGGGUUAUGUGAAGCUUUUCAACAGAGCUGACGAGGAUCUAAUCUUUUUGUUACACUGACAUUUUAUUGAAUGACUACAAUCCUUUACUCUUAAACUUUCCUUUUCUUAGAUUCUUGAGAUGCUUGACAAAAAGGAUAUUACAGCAAGUAAGUUAAACUUUUGAAUUAUUUUAGUUAAAUUAGUGAAAAUUUUGUAGCUUUUUUCGUAGAGUUCAAGAAAUAAUUUGAAAAUAUUUUCAUGUCUGCGAUGUCUUUGUUUAAACAAUAGCUGCGUGUCAAGUGCUUUGUCCUUCGCUAUUGUUUUGCGUGUGAUAAUUAAAUCGUUGUAAUAAUUAAAAGUUAUUCGAUCGUCUCGAUCCUUGAUUCUCGAUCUUUGAUCCUCGAUACCCGAUACCCGAUACUCGAUUCCUGAGCCUCGAUUCUCGAUCCUCGGUUCUCGGUCCUCGAUUCUCGAUAGCUUCGAGGAUCGAGGAUCGAGUAUCGAGUCGAGACUGUCAACUUACCUUUGAGCGCUGUAUUCCUCGAUCAUAUCCCCCCAACUUUUAGCCAUGUUUGAUGAUGAACUUGUUACAAACCGUAAGUUUUCUUUAUACUGAUUUCAGCGAAAAGGAUCUUGGAAAGAUUAAGGCAAACAGACCCUGAUUCAGCCGUGGAAGAUGCAACUUUUGUGAAACUUAUUUUAGAAGCUGUAAGUUAAAUUAAAGUUUAGUUAUGACAUAAUGGCUGGAACAGCUGUGUCAUGUGGUUUUUUUUUAACAGUCUUACUUUGUCAGCCACAGACUUACACUUUUUACCUUGUUAAGCAAAUUGAAUAGUAGAACAGCAAAGUAUUGCCCAGGAGCUCUCACCAGAGUGGUCAUUCAGUAGGGUUUCAUAACACAGCGGUAAAAAGCCGGGCAUGCGCACAGGGAUGAAUUCUGGUCGGCCGUGCGCCAAUUUCCUGCGCAAAAUUUCAAAGAAAAACGUAAGAAACAACCACUGAAUAGAUUCCAUGUUUUAUGUCAUAGAACAAUAAAAAUUUUUAAUGGAGUCAUCAUCUAUGCAUUUGUUUUCAAUAGAUCAUGAAUGAGAAGUAAUCUAACUGCAUUCGCAAUUCAUCUCAUUAGACAUAGAAUGCUAGACUUUUUUUUCAGUUUAAUUUUUCAUUUACCAAGGUUUAAAAUGAAUUUACUCACUGUACACUGCCUUUUCUUUGUAGGGUCUGUCUCAUCAUCUGGAAUCUCAGACUUAUACACUGCUGAUGCAACAGUUGGCGGAAUUCAAAUUGUCUCAGGAAUUUUAUGAAGUAAGUAUUUUUCGAGGUUUAAGGGCGGAUGAUUGGUUCAUUUGUACUAUGUGGUACAAAAUACUCGUCUCUGAUUGGCCGUGUACCAUAGUGCGCCCGUGUACAACUGUAAUGAAUCUCAUGAACCGUUAAAUGGAAGCCAGCCCAGGAGUUUCUGAUGAUAAUUCAACAGCAGUAACAUGAUGUUGGUUUUUCUUUUUUCCAUUCAGCUUCUACGAGUUAUGAAGGAGUACGAGGUACCACUCACUUUUCAUCAGUACAGGCCGAUGUUACGGGUAAGCGACGAGGAAAAUCAAACACUCUGAUUCAGUGUAAAUGAAGAAAGUACAGCGGCAAGAUUGAUGAGAAACGUUUGUUGCGUUGAUAGAAUAAGAAAGAUGACAACAUUUGAGCUCAGUGAUGAAAUAAGGAAAUAAGCCCCAGGAAGAAACCUGGUAAAAAUUGAGGCCUUGAGGACAGAGUGGUCAUUCGCGCAAGGUCUUAAACUUUCUCGUAGGCGAAGAAACGCUUGUGCUGCAUUUCCAACAAUUAGAGGGUGUUUGUGGGCUAGAUGUUAUUCCGCGAUUUUUAUUUUAGGCCAUUUUUAUUGUAUAGAAUAAACAGAACUGUAAAACUGUGAACAGAACAUCAGCGGCUUUUAAGCCUCUUAAAUAACUUAAAGAGGAUGUAAUUUUCUUAUUUGACAUGUGUAGAUUAUGGCUUUUGAUGGAAAAGCAGAGGCAGCACAAUUUUGCUUCGAUAAGCUCAAGGUAUGAAACAUGAGUUGGUUUCUCGGCAGUAAGCUUUGUCAAUGUGUUACUUUAAAUGAAGUACUCGAAUUCAGUUUUGCGAAAUACUGAGAGUGCAAGGUAUUUUCGACUGUAGCCUUAUGUAAAAUACCUUUUGUUUGUAUCAAGGAUGUUCAAACAGGAUUCAUCAUGGACAAUGUGUGGUAAAAAUGUUCUCCUGUAGAAAGAUUUUAGGAAACCAUCAGAAGUUCCAUUGUGUAUUCUGAUUUUUUUUCCCAACCGAGUUGGAGAUGUGAACUGCCCACUGUCGAGAGUUUCUAUAGCUGACGCUUCAAGUAAAGCUAAUGCUCGAAACUUCAGCUUUAUCAAAUCAGUUGAUAAAACCAUAUUGAUUUUUUCUACCCCACCGACGCAGCACCAAAGUUUCCAUAGAAAAAAAACAAUUAUUAAAUUUCAACCUGACACUGACAUUUAAAAAGAUCAGAACCAAGAUCGUUCAAGAGACACUAGUUAGUUUAUUGUGCUUUUCUCAGCAUGUUAGCAUGUACUACGAGGGGUCUAAUCAGCCUCAUUAACUCGAGUUGAAAUAAAGUUACUUACUUUUACUUUACUACCAUUUAGCUAGUUUACAUGGAGGAUUGACGAAAGAUUCUUAGAGCAAGUAAUAUUAACGCAAAAGUUUAACAACAGCUUAAUGUAGAGUUUUUGCUUGCAUUGUUUUUUCCACGUUCCUUACAGCUUUCUUGAAUGUUUUAUUUGUUGUUAGGAAGAAACUGAGCCAAGCGGUCUUGAUUACUGUCGGUUGAUUGAGGCUUAUGGCAGAUGUCCCGAUAAAGGCAUACGCGGAGGAUUAACAGACGAGGUUUGAAAAAAGUUUAUUUUGAAAUUUGUUGUUGGUACUGUAAAGGCGAGAGUGGGAUGCAUAGUCAUGUCCAAGAGGAGUGGCACCACGCUUUGUAGUAUUAGACCACUUGUGCACGAAACACCGGGAAUGCACAAGGGGAUCCAUUUGAGCCAGUCCGCGCCAAUUUCCCGUGCAAAAUUUGAAAGGGAAACAAAGAAACAACUGCUGUCACACAAAAUAUGAGAGAAAAUUGAAAAUUUCUCACAAAUCAUUCUUAAGCGAGGAAAUAGAAAACUCAAGACUUCGCGCACUGACCAUCUCCGUAGAGAUUUUCUCAGGCAGAAGUUUCGAGCGUUAGCCCUUCCUAGCUCUGACAAAUUAUAUUUAACACCCUAUUUUGUUAUUUAGUACACUGUUUCUUUUGAACUGCUGUUUUAGGUCUUUUAAAUUAUUUUAUCUAGUAUGCAUAAGGUGAUCAUGUUUAUUUAUUUUGUUUUUUUGCAGAAAGCAAUAAAGAAGAUCAAGGAUUUGUACGGGGAACUCUCUUUCAAAGCGGUGAAGUGAGUAUAUGUAAUCAAAGUAUGGCGCUGUUCACCGUCUCUCUCUUUCUCUUUCAAGAUCUGAGUAUCACUUUUCGGAAUCAUCUGCUGAAAGGUGUUAUAAUGCCAGCCUCAUGCAUCUUAUGUUUAAUACAAAAAUAGCCCCUUGAUUCUUCAAGGCUCAUUUCUGACCUAAAAUACAUGUAGCAUAGUGACACUUGCUCAUUUUAUCGGUAACCAACCAAUUAUUCAAAAAAAUAUAUAUCUAUAAAUGAGCUUAACAAUAGAUUCCAUCAUCAGUGGAAUCACAGAUGACGUCAGUGGAUCACAGAGUACGUCAGUAGAUCACAGAUGACGUCAAAAUAGUGAGAGAACAAAAGUUGCACGCCAAGCGUAGCCAAGUUUGAACAAUGUUCUUACCAUAUUGUGACGUUAUCUGUGUUCUUACUACUGUACAGACCCACGGCAACAUGGGACUAAUCUGUGUUACAUGAUGAAAAAAGGCAAAAUGUUAAUGUUUAAGUCAUCUGCGCUUCUACCCUUCAAUCCAUCAUCAGUGAGAAGUAAUCAAAAUGCGUGUAUAAUCUAGUGAGGUUUUCUUUUUGUUCCCCUCUCUCACUUCAUGUAGAUUGACAAAGUUUGCCAAGGGUGUUGUUUACACCGCUUUCCUGAGAUCGGGUGAUGUAGAGCAAGCAGAGGAAAUCAAAUCGUACGUAAACUGAAGUGUCCAGUAAGAAUCUUGCUGAGUAAUUUGUAAUUUGGUGUCAAAAGUAACUCAGGGUUAUAUUCGUUUUGCUUUACGUUGCUCUCUGGUUUGUAUAACAAUCUCGUGCCUCCCUCUCCGUCAGUUUAUAGAGCACAGCGGUCGAACGUCGGGCAUGCGCGCGCCAAUUUCUAGCGCAGAAUUUAAAAGGAAAACAUAAGGAAUUGCCGCUGUUCGGAAAAGUAGGCGAAAGAUAAUUGAAACGUUCAUAGAAAUCUGUUAUAGGAAAAAAUUAGUAAGGAAAGGGAAAACUCGUGAUGAUUUGAACACAGAGUUUACUAAAGUGCAGGUAUCCUGUUGAUGUACUGUUUUGUUCUGAGCUUUACCAACAGUUGUACGCUUCCAAAACACACUGACUCCCUUGUGUGUGUGGUUGUUUGCAACUCUUGGGAGAAAACUUGGCUCUGACAGCCUGAAAGGACGCCACCUAGGCAUUAGAAGGUUUGCGCAUGUGCAGACGUCUGACCACUGUGUUUCCAUUGUCCUCUUAGGGCUCAGAUUGUUGGUGGUGAUAAAUGAUCACGUUGUAAAAUUUUAGAACUACAGUUGAGUUCGCCCUUAAUCUGAGAUGUUCCUUUGUGGCAUGCUCUGUUUUUUUUCCUUCUUUUUUUGUCUCUGACAGUAUUCAUGGUGAAGGGUACCCCGUGUUCCUUGUUACAAAUGAAUUUAUAAAAGCAUAUGCAGAACGCGGAGAUGUGAAAAGUAAGCCUUUUACUUGUGAGCGUACAUUUAAAAUGUGUGAAAGCGGUGGUCGAUUGCUCUUUCAACAGUUGACAUUGCAGAGGGGCACUGGGUCUGACUCCAGAGCCUGAACCAUUUCUUAAAUGUCUUCUGCAACUGGUUACUUUUUAAGCCUGAAGCGCUAUCAAGCCUUUAGCUGUCCGGUUUUCCUUUCCUCUACAAAAACCAGCAAUUUUUUUUAUUGAAUAUUUAUGCAAUUAGACAGUUUUGCAAUUCUUAGAGUGUAACGGGUAAUUUAUGAUACCACAGUGGCCUUCAUGUACACUGUAUGAUGGUCGCUGACAAGUUCUUUGCUGUCUUUACUGUUUCUGUUGGACCCCGUAUUUGCAUUCACAUUCAAAUCGUUUUUGGCACAUAUUUACUUGGGCAGAAGGUCGAGGGUUCAAGCCACGUCUCCUUCAUUUUGACGUUAAAGAACCCACGCACUUCUAGAAAGGUGUAGGAAACGUAGCUGCCGGUGUUGUGGUCUGGCCUUGUCAUUGUUUAUAAAAGCCACCAUUUAAACCAAUGUUGAAGCUGGGCUGGGUGAGCGUGUCUAAAUAUCGUGAAUAAGUAAACAAAGAAAGGAAAUGAAUUAAUAAAUAUAUCGAUUGAGGGUUGGAUUUGAAAGCAGUUAUUCUAGGGUAACGAGCCAUUUUUGUUGUAGGGCCUAUAAAAGCUUAUUGCCUUGUGAAAUAUCUAUGAGAACAGAUUCCAUUUGAUGAGGAAUAUGUUCGAUGUAUGCUCUUUCAGAAACGCUGGAGUACUUUGAAAGGGUAAAGGAAAUUUCCACAAAAAAAGAUCUGCCUCCAUUUGUCUACAAUCAACUCGUGUAUUGCUACGGAUUUCAUGGUAAGUGACCUUUCGAUGUUAUGAAAGAAUAUUUCUUUUUUUACACUAGAGAACGACGGGACGGGAUAGGACUUGUUUGAAUUUGAGAGUAGAAACCCCUUCCCCUCCCCCCCCCUUUUGCAGGUUUUCGAAAUACCCCCUCCCCUCCCCCCCACAGAAGCAACUCCACAGUUUCUUUAAAAACUUACCCCUUCAUGACUCAUUUGGUUUGUAAGGUUUCUGGUUUAAUUUUUCCAAGGUGAUACAGAUUCUCAGAUGAAGGUGCUGGCGGAAAUGGAGGAAAAGGGAGUGCGAAAACUUCCGAAAACCUUCUCCUCGGUUAUCUUCUCUUUCUGCCGGAAGUGAGUACGCUCGUGUUGGCCUCUUCAGUUUUUGGUUGUUUCCAUGUGCAUUCAUUCGCAGUAUAUCUGCAGAGUGCACAUGCUUGAAGGGAUCAGCAGGUCAAAUAAAAGAUUGGAAUUUCUUUGUUAAUUCUAAAGCAUAUUUCGUAAUGGUGUGUUUAUACCGUUUAGUUAAGGAGGCUUGAUGAGGCUCGUAUCUAAGACGCCUGGUACUGUAGCUUGGGAGUUAACUCUGGUAGCAUCAGAGCACAUUUCGAUGGAGUGUCGUAAAAACUAAACGUAGAUUAACCCUGUAAACUCUUAGAGUCACUAGCAUCUAAUUUCUCUUCACAAUAUCACUCCUGAAUCACAUAUUAAGGUCAUGAGAAUAAAGGAAAUGAUCACCAGGGUAGAAACCUUUUGAUUGGCAAACAAAUUCUCCUUGUCAGCACCUUAGGAAAUGUAUAAAGAACAGUGUGGAGAAUAUGCAUACUGAUCUUAGGGUGUAAAGGGUUGACGCAACAGCCAUCAGAGAGGAAAAUAUCAAAAGGAGCUAAUGAGAACUCAAGGAAAAAAGUGUUGAAUUAUCAAAAGCGCGGGAAAACGCGAGUGAUCAAGUCAUAGUUGGUUCUAGUUUUAAAUCUGAUUGGUUGAGAAAGGCGCCAGUGUUCUGGGCCAGUCACAGAGCGUGUCAAAGGAGGAGCAAAGAAGUCCUGGGUAACUUUCAACUCAGGUGAAAAUUGUUUCAGUGAAGGGUGCUUGCUCUCCUGUUUGUGUCAUACUUACUCGUGACCUGAAAAAAAUUAAAUUUAUCUUUAUUUCUGUGGCUCUUGAUUUCAUUUCUGGCGUUCAUUUUAUGAUUUCAGGAAGAUGUUAAAUUUCAGUAGCUUGUAGAAAAUUUUGCAUCGGUCACUAUCGUGUUUGAACUUUUCUUCCCACAGGAGUGAUGUCAAGUCUGCAUUAGAAAUAUUUGGACAGGCCAAGGAAGAGGGUCCUUUUGUUUCACAGGGCAGUGCACUGAGGCUGUUAAACACCAUGGCCAAAACGGGUCAAACAGAAAAAUUUGAUAGUGGUAUGUUAGCUAUUCAACGUUGAUCUCCACCAUUACAAAAUGUAGAAUAGAAUUUCACUACUGAUCACGUUCAGGGAGUUAAAGCGACAACCUGAUCAUAAUUUGAAAACUUUCUUCCACUUAGCAAAUAUUUCGUUUAUUGGUACCGCCAUUUUGAAAACAAACAAACAAACAAAACAGCUGAGUAACCUGGCCACUGCUGAAGGUAUUGGAGUGAGAAAUGGCUUCAUGUAAAGCGCCUAAUUAUUCAUACAGAUCGACAAGAAGUUUCAUUAAAAGGAUAAUGACUUGGUUACGUCAUAGGAAAUCUGCAAGGCUGCUAAGGAAGAAAAGCAACGAUGAUGAUGAUAAUUUCAAGAGGAUUUUAAUAAAACAUUAUUGUUAUUAUUAUGGCAGUAUAAAACAUCUGGAUGCCCAGGUCGUAAGCACGAUGGUUGGACAGCGUGAGCCGUAGCCAACUCCGUGACGAAGACUAAAACCAAUAUAAUAAAAAUUUACUAAAACCUAAAUUGUUAAAGAUGUGUAGACCCAAUAGGAUCUUACAUAUGAAAAUGGGAAGAAGUUCCCAUGACUGGAGCAUUCAAAAUUAACCUUUUAAGCUAUUAUUAUCGUUAUCAUAAGAUUUAUUAUUAUUAUUAUUAUUAUUAUUGUUAUUACUAUUAUUAUUAUUAUUAUUAUUAUUAUUAUUAUUAUUAUUAUCAUAAUUAUUCUUACUAACAUUUUUGUAAUUUUAUUGAAAUUACUGUUGUUGAUUUAUUCAGUUUUGGAAGACUGUCUUCACCAUUCUGUGAAAGCAGUUGAAAUCCCCACCGAAGCCCGAGAAAUGAUCAGAGGCCUAGUAUUUGCUUGCGUGCAUGCUGGAAAGACGGAUCUUGCCUUGAAACUCAUGCUGGUGAGUUUUUCGUUUCACUUUGUCAUUCUUUGAGAUGAUCUCUCAAUAUCAACCACUUAACUUUGGCUACGCCCUGGGUCAAGAUUGAUGGGUAUUAGUAGGGGGACUGUCCUUGUUCUUCCCAGUUGGAAAGAGAUGAAAGGGACUGGGCGAAAAAAUCUCAGCUCGGCAAUGGACGUUUUAACCACCAAAACGCCAGCCUUUCAGGUCCUUUUAAUCUUUUUUUACAAUUUCCUAGUUGUCCUCUGCAAAAUAGCAGAAUGAAUUCACGAACUCAUGCGUAGUCUGAGAACAAGCGCGAUCAAGCGUGGUGUUAAAUGUCCUCGUUUCUAUUUCAAGCACAAUGCUACCUUUCCACGUCGUGCUGAUGAAAAGAUCUUGGGCCUUGAGAGACGUUCAACAUGCAGAACUCCUCGCGAACCUCAGAGCAGAAAUUGAAAUAGAACUCCAGUUCUUAAUCAAUUUUAUCCUUGUCAUCGCUGUCUUGGUCUCUCAAACCCAUGAAUUUACUUUUUUUUGUAGGAAAAUGAUGUGUUCCUGAAUGCAAACACACUUUUCAAACCUGCGAGAUCCGCCGGCUGGAAAGGAGAGGUAAACAUCCUGCAUGCUCUCACAAUUAAGAUAGACGUUCGUAAACCAUGGGCUGGAAGCGGCUUAAAACUAUGCGCAAACUUUUUAAUUCUGCUCAGUUUAAAAGUUCAAGAUAACAGCUUUUAAGAGCACCUGAAUCUGCCCACAACAUCAGGUAGAACUUGAUUAAAAGUAAAGGGUUACCGAACGUCGGGACACAAAAUUUUAAUGGAUCAAAUUCCUCAAGGGCAAACAAUCAUAAUAGGCACACUGUUGACAGACAGUGCUAAGGCUGCAGAAUUUCUCUCAUGUUGAACUGUUACCUCAAGGGAAUUGAGUUCAGGGCCGGGUCGUUCAAAGCUGGGUUAAGAUAACCCAGGGUUAGUGUGAAAUUUGAUUCAGAUCUGGAAGCUUUAAAAGAAAAUUCAAUUUAAAUCUUUGGAUCAAUGUCAGUAUCUGGGCGAUUUACCACCGACCCCUCCCCUAACAAUCAAUUGAUAACAAGUUAAGGUUAAUGUUGGGUCAGGGGAGGGGUAGGUGGGCAGUUGCCCAGAUACUGAUAUUGAUCCAAAUCUUUUUUCUUACAAUUUGAUGACUGAAUGUUCUCAAAAGAGUAGAGAAAAAUUUCUCAAAAAGGUUUUUAAACUAAGAAAUAAAGAAACUUGGACUGAAAUUGAACCCUGAGUUAUCGCUAAUCAGCCUUCGAACAACCAAACCCAGAGGAUUUUAACCGUUGUGUUGGCAUUGUACUUGAUGUUCUGAAGUCAACAGAAGUUCUGUCGUUUUAAUGAUCUGAUUUGUUAGGUGCAAGCUCUGUUGAACGCCAUAGAAUUUUUGAAGGAAAACAACGUCAGCCCCAAAGAGAUGUAUUUUCAUCUGAUAAGGGCUCAUGGUGAGUGAAAAGAACAUUGAUUUCUAUUAGUGUUCACUAAAUGAAUUCCCCGUACAAUUUUAAACAAUGUCUGGCAAACCAGUUAUGAGAAUUUUAAAAAAAUCUGAACUAGGAGGUAUGGCCCUGACUUAACGCAAAGUGUUUGAUGGUCGGCAAAAAUGACAUGUAUGGUUAUUUUUUGAGGAGAUUUGAGCCUCAUACCUGGGCAGUGGAAGGAUUAAGUCGAGUUUCCAGUUGCCUUUUAUGUGGCUCAUGGAACAGUUUUUAUUUUGGUAUUAACCCUUUCACUCCCAAGAUCUCAUUAGUAAUGUUAUUUACUGUCUAACAUACAAUUCUUAUGAUGUUAGUUUGGGAAAUUUGAUAUUGGAUCAAGUAAUAAUCCCAUAAUUGAUAUUUUUCUUUAUUCUCAUACCUACCUGCCUGAUAUUGUAUCGAUGUUGUUAGGAGAAAUUCUGUCUUGGUCACCUGGGGGAGUAAAGGGUUAAAUUAUAUUUUUCGUAGUUUGUUUGGUAAGGAGAUGGAGGUCAAUUUAAUACAUGCGAAAAGGAUAUAUCAAUUAUAAACUUCGAGGAAAGUGACCUUUAGCUUGUGAAACAGUUUCAUUUAAAGAAGUGAUAAGCAUUGCCCAAAAAGUGUUUCUCGCAAGAGUGUAAACCAGGCUCAACGGUGUCCCCCUCUGAAAUUCCUGGCCGUCAAAUUUGAUGGUCAACAUCUCAACAGGUAACAAAAAAGACAGCCUAUUAAAUCCGCUCUUAGGAACUCUAGGCACUGUGAUUGGUAAAUUGAGGAGGAUUUGUGCUGCUGUACAGCUUGCUAAACAUUUAGGGCUGUUUUAAAUGCCAAAAUCUCUCGUUAUUAAUUUCAGCCAAAAAUCGUUUCAUGCGCUUCUUGUGGGAGUCAUGAAUCUAGGAAAAGGUAUUUUUAAACAAGGCCCGCUCUGCAUGUUCACUAAAGACGCGUUGCGUGCCUAUCUUAUUUUAGACUUCCACCGUGACUUGGACGCUAUCAAGGCAGUGUACAAUGAGGUGGUUGAAGAAGGAAUGGAGAUGAGUGCACAUUUCCAUGAGAUGUAUAAUCAUAUUAUGAUCAAAUAUUCUGAGAGAUUACCUUCCAGUGAAUAUAAUCAAACAGCGUCAGCCACCCAGGUAAAAGAUUACAUUUUGUGUACUGAACUCUCUUGAGGUGCUCGUCAUAUCGAAUUCGAAAAGGAACUUUCUGGUUUCGUUUUUUCUGUCCGUUUGAAGGAUCCCAUGGUGGUCACACUAGUCUAACCUCGCCAUGGUGGUCACACUAGUCUAACCUCGCCAUGGUGGUCACACUAGUUUAACCUCGCCAUGGUGGUCACACUAGUCUAACCUCGCUAUGGUGGUCUCGCUAGUCUAACCUCACCAUGGCGGUCAUACUAGUCUAACCUUACCAUGGCGGUCACACUAGUCUAACCUCGCCAUGGUGGUCACUAUAGUCUAACCUCGCCAUGGCGGUCACACUAGUCUAACCUCGCCAUGGUGGUCACACUAGUCUAACAAACAUGGUGGUCUUAAAGAUACAGGGCUUCAAAACUGAAUUUCUCUAACGCAGAUGUUUUUGUCACUAGACUGAAAUUGAUGUGGAUGACGAAUCUGACUUUUCAAGUGACGAAGAAGGAGCCCAUAUUCAGGAGUUUGAGAGGGUAAGCAACAAAUAUAUUAAAAGAAGGAACUCAUAGAUUGAUGAACGCGAAUAAAAACUGCUGGCUGCCUUGCGCUCAGUUUGAAGUAGCAUACUUUUAUUUAAGAUCAGAUCGUUUUGCUCAUGGGUUAGGCACUUCACAUCUCAAUAUGCCUUCGUCUAAGCAGAGGUAUAAAUGUAUGGCAGUGAACUAUCAGAUAAACCUGAAAGAAUGCAGGAGGGUAAAUAUUUAAAUCUCAGUAACAUGCCUUUGUUGUUGUUUUUAGGAAACGCCCGACUCUGAAGACUCUAAUAAAGACAUUGACGAGGUAAAUCUGUUUCCAUAAUCUCUUUAUUGAUUCAACCCUUUGAAUCCUAAGUGAGACUACCCUCUAAUUUCUACUUACAAUAUCACCCCGUCAAAAGUAACUUUUUUAACUUCAUUUUUUCAGAUGAAUGACCCCAAGUGAUUUUGGACGAGCAAUGGAAUUUCCAGGAUCGUCUGACCGCUAGAUGCUGAAAAUAGCCUUCAGCUUGCCCAAAAGCUUUGAAGACGUCCUUUGACGAGUUACCUGUCUUUUUCAUCGAAUUUCAAAAGGCUCAGUGUUAAAAGCGGUUACUGCUAAUUCUGGGCUACGCAAAGAAAGUAUUACUUUGAGGACUUCACUCUUACAGGACUUCGUUUUAAUACACUAACUUUUGCCCUAGUUGUGUGGGAAUAUUUUUUUUAAGCCAACACACAAAUGGACACUUGUAGUAUUUGCGUUUCAGAGCCCCAGUAAUUAAAUUAUUUUGAUUAAAAAGCAGAAUGAACAUAUUGUCGUAGGGCUUGCUAGUUAUCGUCUUUGCAUCAAAUUGAACUUUCACUACCAAGUGCUAUGAAGGGGCUGUGAUGCAGUAGUUACAGCGCAUACGUAACGAAGUCUUUUAACAGCUGUGCGUUCAAUAUAAAUGUUACCCCUUCUGUAUUGAAAAAGCAAUAAAGCGCUUUUAAAUAAAGUGAUAAGUGCUUCUUACAUUAUUUUUUGUCCACGC